UUCAUUAAGCCAAAGUGUAAAAAUGGUGCUGCUAAUUCAAUAUGAUAUAUAAAUUACCUAACUCGGCUAACAGUGUUGUUGAAACAGUGUUAAAAUGUUUUGAAAAAAGUCGAAAAACAGUUUUAUAAAAUUACCAUUGGAAUGUCAGGAACAAGCUGCUGGAUUAUAAAGCAUGAAAAUUCUCCAUCACAGCAAAACUACUUUUUUGUUUUUGUUAUUAUAUUCCACAAGCGAAUGUUUGAGCCAGACAUCUAUACCAAAUGGAGAACUCAAUACAGUAAACACAAUAACUCCAAUUACAACCACUCCGAUCUUAAGUUUGCUAUUUGCUGAUGACACUGAAUCUACUGCUGAAAGAAAAGAUGUCAGAACUGCUGCUAUUCUUGUUUCUGCUGAAGGAUCUGGAGGCACAACAACAACAAUAUUGUCAGAAACAACUACUGGUUUCAUUGCUGGAUCUGGGUCAGGUGCUAUAGAUUCCACUACACAACCAGUAUCCACAGUUACUAAUUCUGAAAUCACAUCCGUAGAGGCAGGCUCGGGCAUUGGAGAAAAUGCCACAACCAUUAUUGCCUCAACAAUUUCAAGUGAUGCCACAUCCAGCAGCUUUGAAGGAAGUGGUUCUGGUGCCACAGUUGUUCCUUCUGAUGAUACCACGACAGCAUCAUCUGAAUUCACAACCAGCAGCUCAGAAGAAAGUGGUUCUGGUGCCACAGCUGUACCUACUGAUGAUGCCACGACAGCACUAGCUGAAGUCACCACCAGCAGUCCCGAGGGAAGUGGUUCUGGUGCCACGAUUGUACCUUCUGUUGAUACCACAACCAGCAGCUUAGAUGUAAGUUCUACUUCGGAUGCAACAACCAGUGUAGAAGAUACCACAGUUACUACCAUACUGGACUUUACUGCGAACGAGACAAUCACCACUAACUUCACCGACAUUACAACUAUUGCUGCUGUUGGCUCAUCUUUGUUACCCUGGUAUAUCAUUGUGAUCAUAUGUCUUGGGAUAUUGUUAUUCAUAUUGCUGAUUGUUUUUAUCGUUGUCUGCUGUUUAUACAAAAAAGUUUCACCUGCUCCUACAAAAACCAAAGAAUCUACUGAGACUACUGGACCUGAUAAAACAGUACAAGAUAUUAAAAUGCAAUCAUUACCAGCCUAUGUACCACAAGCAAAAACAAUAAGACCAGAGCCAAAGGAAGAAACCAAACAAAUAACGAGUUUCAUAUCUGACACUCCAAUGGUUCCUCCAAAGAUUUUUGACGACCCUGUUUAUGCUGCUGUGGUCAGAGGAGAAAAACCAAAGAAAAGAAUUAAAUCGAAACAUUCUACGCCUGAUGAAGAUGAAGGUUAUGAUGAACCUUUGCUAAGAAGAGAAAAAAUACAUGAACCAGCACACCAAAGAUCUGUCAUAGCAGCACAAAAGAGGCCUCAUACAAGGUGGGAAGGUGAGAGUGAGUUAGUGGAGAGAGCACCUACUCAUUAUCAACCGUAUUAUCUGCCUACACCAGUACAAACAGCUCUUACAUCUAAAGCACUUGGGAAUACUCUGUCAGAUGAAGCCUUGGCUCAAAGACACGCAUUACAACGCUCAGACAUUGAAAGACAUAGAAACAAACAAAGGAUGCGUUCAAGACAUAGAAAAGAUCCUCACCAGAGAGACAUUGAUGCUGUGUUGGUGCCACCACCCCCAACUAUACUUCAACCAUCUGCACAAAUAAGAAAACGACUACGUAAAAAGCAUGGUAGAAUGGAUAUUGCUGAUCAAAAUCGAAUAAGGCAUUCUGAUAUACAAUCACUCGUUAAUGAAAGGCCAGGAAAAUACAGAAGGAAGAGAAGUGAUACAGACACUUCCACAGCUUCUGAAGAAAAAGUUCCAUCCCAUGAAGCAACAAUUUCAAAGAUGGCAAAGUUGUUAGAAGAAGCUUAUGCCUUAUUGGCACCUGCAGUACAGAGAAAUUUAAUAGGACCUGCUGCUAUGCCUGUUACACCCAUGCAACAACCUGCUUUCACUGUUCAACCAAUGCCAAGAAAUGUAAUUCCAGUUGUUCCACCACCUCCAAAUCAUUUCCAACCAGAGCAGAAUAUGCCACCUCUAUCUAUUCCACGAACAGUAACGCUACCUAUUCAAGUACAAGCAUCACCUCCAGUUAUCACAGAGUCACCUCCCAAGCCGGACUUGAAUAGCAAACUAUUUGCACCGAGGACUUCAACACCACCCGCACUUCUUCCUUCAUCAAAUAUUUCUCCAAGUCAAGCAAAACCAUCUUAUGCACCAUAUAAACCAGACAGGGCAAAUGAUGCCAAUUCAAUAAUUUGGACACCAUAUCGAACAUUCGAUCAACUAGCCCAACUACAAGCUGAAGAUCCAAAUUUUUCAAAAUCGUCAUUAACACCAUAUGACAUGCCUACUAGUUCAAUCUCCCACCCUGGACUUGUUACAGACACCUUAGAAUAUACACCAAUGUUCAUCCCGAAUCAGUUAUUUGAUUCACAGCCACAAACUUCAAUCGGAAUGGAGGCUUCCACUCCUGUAGAAGAUAACACCGAGCCUACUUCUUCUAUAGUUCAAUCUAUUAAAGAAACACUGGCUAAGUUAGCAGGAAGCUCUACACCUGUUCAAGAAUUCUCAGACCCUGAGUCACAUAGGUGAUGAGAAUUGUGUACUAUUUUGCACUUGAUAUGAGCUAGCUUAUUGUACAGCCAAAUCACAUAACAAUAAUGUUCCAUUAUAUACUUGUGAUGUGAGCACUUCGAAGCAGAUCUUGCGACAUUCAAAUGCCAAAAAAUAGUUUCCCAUACUAAACUAAAUAUGUGUUUCAUAUUCUUUUUUACUUGUUUGAAGCUGACCAACUUUCUCUCUGAAUGCCAAAAUUGCUUGAAAACAAAAUUUAUGAAAGUAUGACUCUAGCUAGGAUGCAACUGUUUUCUAAUUACAGAGUGUACCAAGUCUGCACUGUGAAUUGCCCUCCUGUUUACUGACAUACCCAUAGGGCCCCUGUACUUUUACCCUGUACUUAUAACAUCACAUUUUUGUAUUACAAGGUCAUGUUUUUGUAAAUUAUAUUCUAAUGCCCACUAAAGUCUUAAACGUGAUAUUGUACAUUAU